CCAGAGCUGCACCCCGCUUCCGGUCCUCCGAAAGCAGAAGGACGUGGGAUCAGGGACGCCGCGUCCCACGAAGCGGCUCCGAAGAGGACGCUGUCCUCCCUGCUAAGACUUGCAUCCUCACCAAUGGACCUGGUUGGUUUUGGUUACGCAGCCCUGGUGACAAUUGGAAGUGUUUUGGGAUAUAAGCGAAGAGGUGGAGUCCCGUCUCUGAUUGCUGGUCUUUCUGUUGGACUUUUGGCUGGCUACGGAGCCUACCGCGUCUCCAAUGACAAGCGGGAUGUCAAAGUGUCAUUGUUUACAGCUUUCUUCCUGGCCACCAUAAUGGGUGUGAGAUUCAAGAGGUCCAAGAAAAUAAUGCCUGCUGGUCUAAUUGCAGGCUUAAGCCUCAUGAUGAUCCUGAGACUGGUCCUGCUAUGGCUUUAGCACCUAGAGGAGCCAAGAGCCAAACUCCCAUCAUUCUACUGGACCUGGCAGAACAGGUUCUUGUGUUUAAAAGAUCGAUUUCAAUAGGUGGUAAAUGUCUUACACUGAAAUGAAAAUGAUGUUGUCACCCUAAUAUUCAAAACUAGUUGGCAAUAUUUGUUUGCCCCCUUUAUUUAAAGCACAAAUUUUAGCUGUUUCUAUUUGUUAAUCCUGGUCUUUAAUGAGUUGUUAUAUACUCAUUUGUGUGUCAUUUUGUAUGUGGAAUUUGAGGGCUUGCUGUUUUCUACUUCUGACAAUUCCAAACACUUAUGACUCAAGUAAAAUAAACUACAACUCAUCAGGUAAUGGGAUUCCCGGAGUGAAUCACAGGCUGUUGAAAUGUUGUUGUAUGUCAGUUUGGUACAUUAGGGAUUUUGUUUGUAUUGUUGCCAGGAGUUUUUUUGCACUGAAGGAAUUCCAUUCUCAGCUCAUCAGUGUCCUAACAGAAUGUAUUCAGUAUUCAAAUAAAAUGCAUUUUAUUUUAA